AUGCUGCACCCUGACGCGGUGCGUGCGCAGCGCCAACCGUCGCCGGCCCAGACUGAGGACUCGGACGGCCAGGGGCCGACAACUGAUCGAGGCUCGCCGGAACAACUGUCGCCGGGGAGUGGAAAUGUCGUAACAGUGCCGCUGCAGCGCUGCGCUCUCCCUUUGCGGCCUCCCGGCCACGAGAUAGCCGCGCGGUCGCAGUCGCCGGCCGUUGCACAGAUGCGGCGGGUGCAACCGCGCGUAUACGCGUCCGCCGCGGCGGAGAGGCGUCGCGUGUUUGAAGUCUUGGUGCAGAGUGGCGCCCGCGCGCCAGAGUCCGUUGCAGCUGCAGCCGGCAGCUAA